GCGGGCGGGGGGCGGGGCCUCUCUCCUUUGCGCCAUGAUGAACAAAUGACCUCGCGGGGAAUGAAAUUUAAGUUCCACCGUGGGGAGAGAGUUCUCUGCUUCGAGCCCGACCCCACCAAGGCCAAAGUGCUCUAUGAUGCCAAGAUUGUUGAUAUUGUUGUUGGAAAAGAUGAGAAAGGCCGAAAGAUUCCAGAAUAUCUGAUCCAUUUUAAUGGUUGGAACAGAAGCUGGGAUAGAUGGGCAGCUGAGGAUCAUGUUCUUCGUGAUACAGACGAAAAUCGCAGAUUACAGCGUAAAUUGGCACGAAAGGCUGUGGCUCGCAUGAGAAGAAAGGGAAGAAAGAAGAGACGUUGCAGGUUGCCUGGUGUUGACUCUGUAUUAAAAAGCCUUCCUGCUGAGGAAAAUGAUGAAAGUAGUGAAAACUCUAUAAGUAGUUCUUCUUCUGAUGACAGUGAUGAUGAAACAGAUGAAGAAAUAAAAAGUGAAGAAAGUGACAUUGAAGAGAGGACCGAAAUGAAAGAAGAACAAGAUAGUCACACAAAAAGGGACAUGGAAGAGCGAGCAAUAAACAUAGAAAUUCCUGAAGUCUUGAAAAAGAAGCUUGAAGAAGAUUGUUACUAUAUUAACAGAAGGAAGCGGCUAGUGAAGCUUCCUUGUCAGACAAAUAUAAUAACCAUUCUGGAGUCAUAUGUGAAACAUUUUGCUAUUAAUGCUGCUUUUUCAGCCAACGAAAGAUCUCGGCAUCAUCAAAUGACUCCACAUGCCAAUAUGAACCUUCAUUAUGUGCCCCCAGAGAAGAAUGUUGAGCUGUGUAAAGAAAUGGUGGAUGGACUGCGGAUAACAUUUGACUUCACACUUCCGUUGAUUUUGCUCUAUCCUUAUGAGCAAGCCCAAUAUAAGAAGGUGACUUCAUCAAAAUUCUUUCUUCCAAUCAAAGAAAAUUCAACAAACACCAGCAGGAAUCAGGAGGAGCUUUCCCCAAGUCCUCCUCUUCUGAAUCCACCAACACCUCAGUCAACAGACAGCCAGCCUACAACGGGGGAGCCAGCCACACCAAAAAGACGAAAAGCUGAACCUGAAAUUCUGCAGUCACUGAGACGUUCUACGCGCCAUACCUCUAACUGUGACAGGUUAUCAGAAAGUAGUGCUUCCCCGCAGCCUAAACGACGGCAUCUUGAGACUCCAGCUUCUAUGCCAAAGCUCUUCUUGCAUCUGGAAAAAAAAACCCCUGUCCAUAGUGGAUCAUCUUCACCUAUCACUUUGACCCCUAGCAAAGAGGGGAGUGCAGUUUUUACUGGCUUUGAAGGUAGAAGAAACAAUGAAUUGAAUGAGGUUUUGUCCUGGAAACUGAUGCCAGACAACUAUCCACCCAGCGAUCAACCACCGCCUCCUUCAUAUAUCUAUGGUUCUCAACAUUUGCUACGUUUGUUUGUAAAGCUACCAGAAAUAUUGGGGAAGAUGUGCUUUCCUGACAAAAACCUAAAGGCUUUAGUAAAACACUUCGAAAUGUUUCUAAGGUUUUUAGCAGAAUACCAUGACGAUUUUUUUCCAGAAUCUGCUUAUGUAGCUGCAUGUGAAGCCUACUACAGUACUAAAAAUCCUCGGGCAAUCUACUGAAGCUCUGAAUGAAAAUAGACUCAUACUAUAUAUAGCCCAUGUUCUGUGACGUGACUACAAGAUGAAGAUGAAAAAUGAAUUGAAACAACUUUCGGUGUUGAGGAAAUAGGGGAGUCUUCUGUGGUGGUUGGAUUACUUAAAAGCAAUGGAGAACUUCUUUUUGGAGAUGUGUAUAGGCUGCAUUCUGAAUUGCUUGGAGAAUUAAAUGCAACUUCAACUCCAGAUGAGUGAAGAAGCCUUGCUCUGACUUCUAAUGCAUAAGACUGCAUAGAACUAUUAAAGGAAGGGUGGCAAAAGCAGAUGCAUUAGCAGCAGGAUGUUUUUGUGAAGAUAGUAUGUCAUGCUUUCAUUUUAACUUGACCUCUGUAGCCUGAAAAAUAAGACUGUCGCCACAGUUAUAUGAAGAGAAUGCAUAACUGGCAUCUCAUGGAUUUUGUUUCCCACAAAUUGCACUUCAUUUUGUAAAACUGCCGUGAUGGAAAAGAUCAUUUAAUGUAAAGGAUUUUGGGGGUUGUUCAGCUAGCAUGACAUCUGCCUCAAGAAUGGCUUUGCUUGAAUGAAAGACGUGUUUGUUGCUUUGUGUUUUGCAAAGAUGUUUAUGGUUCUUUUCAUGAUAAGGCUGUCAUAGUUCCAAGAAGAACAUACCUUGCCGGUGAUCCAGCUUCAUGUGGCUGAAAAUGAUUUCCAGAGCCAUUAUUAAAGAACAGAUUUCUGCAAGUAAGCGGAAUCAAAAAAGUGAUGGCAAUUUAACUGGCAAGUAUUUCUUUCCUUAAUAAAGUACACAGUGGCUGCUGUCUAAAUGUGUAAUUUUGACUGUCUAAAGUGUUCAUUCCUGAUUUAAUAUUUUGAAGAGUGAUUGUUAAGUGUGCAUAGAAUGAGAAGCAGGAGCAUUGAUAACAUAGGCAGAGGAGUCUUUAUAUCAUAGCGUCCUCUUCUACAGACUUAAUGUCUAAGGAGACAUUCUUUAGGUACUUGAGCUCUGGAAAUAGGAAUUCAUCAAGAAUUGAAUUCGUAGCGUUUUGACAUUACGUUCAGUAGUAAAAAUUAAUUGAAAUAUAAUUUGUCUCAAAUGUCAUUAAAGCCUCGUGAGUGAUGCAGAACUCUGGGCUUCAGAAUUCUGUUAUGUAAAGAUAGACAUGGAGAUUUUAAAUAGUAGGCAGAGAAUAGGACUCAAAGCUCCGAAUUGUAGGCUAGUGCAUUUAAUCACCCUCCUUUCUGGUUUGGAAAACCUCAGUUAAAACACUUUAUAAUGCAGAACUCAAAAUAUUCCUUCUAGAGAUUUGCAGUGUCUAGGCUUGUUAUAAUGAAUCAACUUUCAGAAGUAAAUAACAAACUGUAGUCUAUAAAGCCAAAGCAAUUGUGAAAUUUACUGUUGACAGUCAGUGUCACUUUUCAGGCAUACUGGUAUAUUAAAGCCUUUGAACUGGAAAGAUAAAGAUUACCUCAGUUUUGGUAGUGGCUGACAUGGAGCCAAGCAGAUUUGGUGAUCCUUAUUUCUGAAGUUUCUCAUUUAGUGGUACUAUUUUUUAAAUGUUUUUUGUGUAAUACCAAAAAAUUUCAUGGGCUUUAGUCUUUCCCAAAUUACAGCAGUUCUGAAUCUCAGCAGAAUCUGGGUAGUGCAAAAUCCACAUUGUGUGUUUUUUGUUUCUAGCUUUCAGCCCUAGUCUUUCAAAAACAAAACACUCCAUGGAAAUGCUAAUUACUAUUUAGCAGGACAUUCACCAUGGAAUACUACUUGAAAUGGUGUCCUUAAUCCUUUCUGUUGCAGGAAUGUUGCAAUGUAUAUAAUACAUCAGAUCUUUUGUUCUUCUGUUGGUAUCUAUUGAAUCAAGGCAAAUUAUGAGCAAAGUUUAAACCUUUUUGUGUGACCAUUUUUAAUUGUAUAAAAAUGACAGUUUCUGCAUGCCAUGGUUUUUAAUGCUGUCAGUAUUGCUUGAUUGAUAGGUUUUGAUGAUUCUCACAGCAGUUUAAAAUAAGAAGGUCCAGUUAGUGUCCCUGUACUGUUGAUGUGAACUUUCUUGGGAAAAAAAAUGGAGCUGGCUGUGGAUUAAAUAUUACAAAUUGUCUUGCUCUCGUAACAACCAAGAAAACCUUUCUCCAAAGUGCUACUUUUUUGAACUUCUUUACUGUAAUUAAAUAUUUAAAUCUACAACUUCUUUUUAAAAUCAGAGAGAUGCUGUCCUGGAAGCCUUGUCAAUUAGAAAUAUUGUGUGAGAAAUAAUAUGCAUCCUUGACUUAUGACAGUAGAGAUACUGUCACUAUACUUCUACUACUUACUUUUUUUUUAUCUGACUUUAUUUUAAGCUCAAGUAGUGCAAAAGGCUUACAAAGGCUUUAACCAGAGCAGGAAAGAGGGGAAUUUUUAACAAUUGUGUAGAGACUUACCUGUUUAGCUCCCAAAGUUUUAUAAUUAUCCUGCCUUUUGAGUGGAUUAUCCAAAAGUUCUUCUGGAGAGAAGAAGCUUAAUAGCAUAAUUAAAUUAUUGGUGGUCUUUAACUCCUUAAAUGUCCCUGACUGAGACUUUUUGAUGGCAUUCCUGUCCAUCUGGACAGAUGAAAGGUUUCUCCAGCCCACUGUUUGUCAUACAUUGGUCCUGGUUUGUAGAGCUACUCCUAUUGGUGCUUCCUAACCUGAUUCAGUCAAAAUGACUCAGAUUAGCUGAAGAAAUUUGAAAAACUGACUUAAGCAGGCUAGGAAGUAUUCACAUGAGCAAGUUUGCUAGCAGACUUUGGAGACAGUGCCUUGCAGAGGAGGAGCUGAGCAGAGCAAGUAGUUCAGACAGUAAUGUUUCAUACUGGCAUAGCUGUUAUGCAUAACUCAAUGCACUCUCAUUGCAGAUUUAAGGUUUCCUUGUUUGUGCAUUUAAAACAAUUACACUACUAUAAUUACAGUAUAUUACUUUAUAUGACAAAUCUGUUCUUUACAUGUACUUCCUGUCAAGAGUGGAUAUUUAACAAGCUAGAAGGCAGUUCAACUGCUUCAACAUAAAGUAUGGUGUAGUGUCCUCAGUGUAGCUAUCUGCCUUUUAUGGGAGAAUUAUCACAGCAUAGGAUUGAAAGUAGAUAAUGCAAUUAAUGUGGCGUUUAGGAGUGCACUGCUGCCUAGGUACCCAAGAUGAUCAGCCUGCAGAGACGCUACUAAUUCGAGUACUUAUUCUAACUUAGUUGGUAUUAGCUGAGUAACAUUACAAUGUGUCACAACUUUAUGGAACUAUAUCUGAACUAUAUUUGAAGUGCUGUCAGAUUACCAAAGAAACUUACACAACACACAGUAACUUUUAAUACUAUUCAGCUUUAUUCCUAAUUUUAGGCUUUCCUUCUAAGCCUAUUAUGCAUCAAAAAAUUAUGCUGUUCUUUCAUAUGCACCAUCUGGAGUUAAUGCAAUGCAUUUUGUUUUGGUACUGUGUUGAUAAGUUGUUUGUUUUUUCAAGCUCCAUUGAAUAGUUUUGUUUCAAAGCUCAGGCUUCCACAUGCUAAGAUGACCAUUGCAGUUGUAUCUGAAUGCUAUUUUAAAUAUGCAUUUCUUUCAGAAUGGGACAUGGAACAAUACAAAUUAUAGGCAAAUGUUGGAUUUUGUUUUGCAAUUAGUGUGGGCUAACAGUUAUAUGGUAAACUGUCAUGACUGAGCUGUUCAGUGUGAGUUUGUCGAAUAGUAAUGCAGAAUGACCUUACUUUGAGUUAUGUUAGAGAAAUGUCUUCAGUCAAAAGAGAAAAUAAAAGUCUUAUUGGAAAUAAAAA